GAUUAGUGGAGGGGAGGCGACUGUAAAUCCCCACUCUUGUGCUGAUCUGGAUUUAAACGCUGGACAGAUAAAUUGUCAUUUGAAGAUAGUAGCAGGCGAGCCGGGACAAUGGAUACAAACAUGCGCAAAUUUACGGUGAGAAGAUGGUUUUCCGUGUACCUGCGCGGAAAGUCGCGGUCCAAAAGCUCGAGUUUAUGCAAACUAGAGGAUGACAGCAUCUUAAAGGAGUUUGAUAUCAGCCAUCAUGUGAAAGAGGGCUUUGAGAAAGCUGACCCGUCACAGUUCGAGCUGCUCAAGGUGUUGGGUCAGGGCUCCUACGGAAAGGUGUUCUUGGUGAGAAAAAUCAGAGGUUCAGAUACAGGACAACUCUAUGCCAUGAAGGUCUUGAAGAAAGCAACGCUAAAAGUGCGGGACAGAGUGAGAUCGAAAAUGGAGCGAGACAUUCUCGCAGAAGUGAAUCAUCCCUUCAUUGUCAAACUCCACUAUGCCUUUCAGACAGAAGGAAAGCUGUACCUAAUAUUGGACUUUCUCAGAGGGGGAGAUCUUUUCACACGCCUAUCCAAAGAGGUAAUGUUUACCGAGGAAGAUGUGAAGUUCUAUUUGGCUGAGCUGGCCUUGGCUUUGGAUCAUCUUCAUAGUCUGGGCAUCAUCUACCGUGAUCUUAAACCAGAGAACAUUCUCCUUGAUGAAGAGGGCCACAUAAAGAUCACAGAUUUUGGCCUGAGCAAAGAGGCAAUCGACCAUGACAAACGAGCGUACUCCUUCUGCGGGACCAUCGAGUACAUGGCCCCAGAGGUGGUCAAUAGACGAGGUCACACUCAAAGUGCUGACUGGUGGUCCUUCGGCAUCUUAAUGUUUGAAAUGCUGACUGGAUCCCUGCCAUUUCAAGGCAAAGACCGCAAAGAGACAAUGGCACUUAUUCUCAAGGCAAAACUUGGCAUGCCGCAGUUCCUCAGCCCAGAAGUCCAGAGUUUACUGCGGGCUCUUUUCAAAAGAAACCCUUCCAAUAGAUUAGAUGGGAUCAAUUGUGUGUUUCCAUUUAUAGAGAGACUUUGUCCUUGUUGUCUUUCUAAAUUUGUUUGCAUCUGUGUGUCUGCAGACUCACCCGGAGUUCCAGCCAGCGCUAACGCACACCAGCUCUUCCGCGGCUUCAGCUUUGUGGCCUCUAACCUGGAUGAAGAACAGCCGCUGGCCGAGACCAAGCAAAAUUCUGUUAACCCCAUUGUACAGCAACUUCAUGGCAACAACAUUCAUUUCACUGACGGCUAUGAGUUGAAAGAAGAUAUCGGCAUUGGAGCGUAUUCGGUCUGCAAACGUUGUGUCCACAGAAUCACCAGUGUGGAGUAUGCUGUCAAAAUUAUUGACAGAGCCAAGAAGGACCCGUCUGAAGAGAUCGAGAUUCUUCUGAGAUACGGCCAGCACCCAAACAUCAUUACUCUGAAAGAU